UCCAAGUUGGGGGUGUAGGCCACUCAGUCAGAGACAAUCAGAGAUGUUUGAGUUUCCAUGCGCAGUGACCAGGGAGGUAAAGCGCAGGCAUUAUUACCCCUCCUCCAGCUCCGAUCACUCCUACCUCCACACUACCGGGGGUUUAAAUCACAUUUGAUCGGAGCAAUCUCUUCCUUAAAAAAUCUGGUCAUGCAAGGUGAUUUGUUUUGCUGGCGGAAAGACGGAAAAACUGUUAGAUAAGGCCUGCUGGUGAUGAUGGAUUACUCCAAGGCGCAAAUGUCGAGCCUGUCGGAGGAGGGAGGCUCCGGGGGGUCAGGGUGCUACCAGGCCAGUCCAGUCGGGGUGAAGUUGGAGGCUGUGAUGGAGCAGCUGCAGAAGCAACAGGAGGCCAAACUGGAGAUGGACCGGCAAGAGAAACACCUUCGUCAGGCCCAGCUCCUGUUUGCCAAGCAUGCUGCCGCUGCAAGGGCGUCCGGCUCCAGACUGGACUCGGCAUUCUUUGUCAAAGGAGGGGACGGGGAGACUGAUGAAAUGGCACAACAAGUUAUAGACAGCAAUCUGAGCAAAACAGAUCCAAAGGCUGAAAAGGAGGGGAGAAAUGAAGACUCUGAUAUGGAUGAUGGUGAUGAGCGGGGACUUGUGGAGCCUGAGGAGAACAAUGAGGUGGAGGAAGAGGAGGAGAACAGGCCAUCACACCAGGUCAAGAAGCCUCGACUCCAGCAGGAUUCAGCUUGUGUCGCCCCUUUCUCUUUCCCUCCGUAUUCACCUUCUGCGAAACAGCUGGCCACCUCUCCACCUUCAGCUGUAAAACAGGAGCCUGAGGACAGGGACCUGCUGUCUCCUGGGGGUCAACACUCCUUCACCUCACCCAAUGGAUUUGCUGAUUGGAGCUAUGAUGAGCCAUUUAAGCAAAGGGGAAGUACCAUGUGGGCUGAGGAGAAUGAUGGAGGGAAAGCACGGGGAGAACCAUCCAGAGACUUUGCCAAGCUUUACGAACUGGAUGAUGACCCAAACCGGAAGGAGUUCCUCGACGAGCUCUUUGUCUUUAUGCAGAAACGAGGAACUCCUGUGAACCGCAUCCCCAUCAUGGCCAAACAGGUGCUGGACCUGUACCGGCUCUACAAGCUGGUGACAGAGAAGGGCGGCCUGGUGGAGGUCAUUAACAGGAAGAUCUGGAGGGAGAUCACCAGGGGCCUCAACCUCCCCACCUCCAUCACCAGCGCAGCCUUCACCCUCCGCACCCAGUAUAUGAAGUACCUCUACCCCUUUGAGUGUGAGAAGAAGGGGCUGAGCUCCCCAGGUGAGCUGCAGGCGGCCAUCGACAGCAACCGCAGAGAAGGCCGACGUCCCAGCUACAGUAGCAGCUUGUACCGCUACUCCCCCUCGCCCAGCUCCGCUCCACACUGCCUCCUCUCCUCCCCCAAGAUGCAGACCAACCCUACUGGCCAAAAUGGCCUGAAUUCAUCCCCCAGUCCAUCUUUCGCUAGAAACACAGAUGAGACCUCCACACCUGUACUCCCCAGCAGGCUGCCCAUGGCACUGGCCCUCGGGCAGCAGCAGCAGCUGGCACAAGCUGCCACCCUGGAGCAUCUCCGAGAAAAGCUGGAGAGAGGCGCUGGGGCCGGUGCAGCUGACGGUCCAGAGAGGAAGAUGGUGAGGCUUGCAGAGGAGCAGCAGCGUCUUAUGCAGCAGGCCUUCCAGCAGAACCUGUUGGCCAUGGCCUCACACUUCAACCCCUUGAACCUCAAACUUAACAACGGGCACGAAAGUAAACAGGACUUGUCUCUGAGUAUCUCCACCAAUGGAGCUGCCAGUAUCAGUGUAUCUGUGGAAAUCAACGGCAUCCGUUACUCAGGAACGCUGUUUGCCCAGAAGUCACCUGCAGCUCCUGUGGUGUCGCAGAACAUAACGCCUGCGGGAACAAGUGGUUUCAGCGCCCUCUCCUCCUCGCACAGCCCUGCCUCUUCAACUUCCUCUUCCUCAAAGGGACCAAAUUAAGGCUCUCAACUGGUGUUUAAAACCAUGCUUAGUGAAAAAGAGUGCAUACCUCUCUUGUCAGACAAGAACUAUAUGAACUGUAACUGUGUUGCUACGCAGCUGUACACAUUUGGUUUCCCAUUUGUACACAUAAGCAAUGCAGUCAUUUGGAGAAAUCAAUUCUAACACAUGAAGCAAUUAGAAGUUUUUUGUAGUUUUGUUUUUCCAUUGUUUUGACAACAUUAUACGCUUUAAUUAAGAGUCUUAUUAGGAGGACAUCGGACAUGUUUGACCCUCCAAAUUAACUAUAGAUUCAGAUCUCAGUUUACUUUAGUGCCUGCUAGAGGCUGUUUUGAAAUGUAGCAACAUACUCAUGUCUCAAGGCCUUGGCUUGAAAGCGUCUGUUCAGAAGCAUCUUAAAAGCACAUGAGUGCAUGAUGAGAGCCAAUACUCAGCCUCUUUAGCUAUUACACAUACAGCUAGUUAAUCUGACCAUUCUCCAGCCACCUCUUGCCACAGCCAUCAAUAGAACAGCUUGGUUGCCAAUGCGCAGCUAAUGAAGACCAAAAAAGCCUUAGCUUGAUGUCUCAGCUCCCAUCUAUGAUCAAUUUUCUGCAGCUAUUUUGUGUCCCUCGUGGUAAACAUGUGGUCAAUUUGAAUGGGGACUGCUGUGAGUGAAAGCAAUCUAUAUUUCCGGUAGCAGCUCUGAAGGAUGAUGUAUAUUGUCACUUCCACAUAAAGCUUGUAUCUUUGAAAUAUCAAGCAGGAUUUGAGAGAAAAGCCUUGUUUUUUUUUCUUCUUCUUCUUUGGUACCUCAUGUUUUUGACAUGUAGGCAACAAUGAAGAAUGUUACAUUUCACUGUUAAAGGGAAUACGCCUGUAUUUUGGGCAACAUACCCUUUUUCUGACUUACCCAGACUCAGACAUGAUGUUCAAUACCAAGACUUGUAUUUCAAAUACACAUGAUAUACUGUGCAGAUGAGACAGCUUCAGAGUUGCUGUAAGGUUUAUGUUUUCACUUUGACAGAGUUAGGCUAUCGACUCCCAUAGAAUUCAGGUCUUUAUGCUAAGCUAACAUGAAAUGCUACCCAUAGGAAUUGGACCACUCAACAUGCAUGGCAUCAAACCUUUUGUCUCAGUCUGGGUAAGUCAGAAAAGGGUAUUUUUCCCAAAACGCUGGAGUAUUGCUGUAAUCAUUCGUCUUGGUCUCAAAAUAAUGACACAUUUAUUAUACAUUAGCUGCCAAUUAAAGACAAAGAUUUGAGAUGCAAAGUUUCUAUCGGAAACUAUAUUUGGAAAGAUAGUGAUGGACCAGUUACCUCAUUGUACUUUCCAUGUUGGGAAGUAACUUUCUCAGGAAAUUAUUCUGGACCAGGAUGGAGUCAUCACUAUUCACUUCUAACUGUUAUACUGUAUUUCAUACUGAAUUGCUGUGUUGUAUUUUAUAUUGUACCAAAAAACAGAGAAUGUAUCUUUAAUGACCUCAAGCUUUGACCUGAAGAGCAUUUUGGCAUUUGAACACUGAAACAGCGCUACCUCACUCUUUUUAUAGAGAAAUAUGUCAUACUUAAUGAAGCAUAUGCUGAUUUGGUCAUUUGCGUAAAUUGUGGUGAAAUAUAAAUGGACAAUCAAGUGGACACUAUCAUAUCUGUCAUGGCAAACAAAUGGCUCUGUGAAUUUGACAAGUCUUUACAUUUAAGAUUAAAGUUAAAGCCUGUUUGGUCAUUGUAUAAUAGAUGUCCUAUAUGAACAUGGCCAUAAGGAAUAAAAAAAGUCUUAUGUGUGAUGUAAGAA